GACAACGGGGCUUCAUUGGAAAUAUUGAACGAGUCUCCGAGUCGUGUGCCUCAUCGUAACAUACUUAUAAUUUGCUUGCUUUUUGACAGGUACUACUUUAUCGUAUCCCCUCUCUGUGCUCUACCGUACCAUACAACACCUAUGUUUUCACCAAGGCAUUCUUAUUUCUCCGAAUACAUCGGCUCCAUCCUUGUGUUGUCCCGAGUAACGCGCUGCAUCGCAUUCGACCGUUAUCAGAUGCAGAGACCGUUCCAGCGUUCUUCGGCGGAGCAAUGGCAGUGGAAUGUCCGAUAUCGAUGUUGACAGAAGCAAUUGAAUCGCAUCCGGACCGACCACUAAUUAGCAGUGACUCAUUGAAUACUCUGAUGGGCGGUCAAUUCGCGAAUGUAUUACCUUGGCUAAUUAAUUAUCUAGACCAUGAGCAUGCUCCUUCC